AGAAUCCAAGUGAAAUCUAACACUAUAAAACAAUGCCAAGAGCAAAUGAAGGAAAACAAAAAUCUAAAGGGGCACCCCUGCCCAUCGUUUUGAUUCUUCAAAAGUUUCUGAAAACAUAUGAGAAACACUGUGCACAGUCUCAGACGUCCGUGUGUCCAGCCAUCAAAAGUGACUUGAAAAGCAGCAUUGACAGUGACCAGGUGCUCAGGAAGUUUAUGCUUGUAAGACCUGAUGACUCCCCACCAAGAAUCCUACCAGUUUCCUUGGAACCUUUGCUCAUAACCAUUCAAGAUGAGUGUUACACACUAGCAAAAGAGAUUUGCAUCUGGGGCCUUCAACUGAGCAACCCAGAGAUUGCCAGACUUACUUUGCUUCUGGAAUUGAAGGGGCACACCACCUGCCCAUUUACCACCCUAGAAAUCAUUGAUUGCAAGAUGGAUCUGUGCUCUCUAGAGCGACUUGGGAAGGCUCUGCGGUUCAGUAGUUUGCAUUCUCUUGUCCUCGAUUACUGCAAAUUUGGAAAUGAAGAACUUGAGAGCAUUUUCUCAGGCCUGGAGAACAACCAAAGGCUUCAAGGCCUCAGUCUGCGUUACUGUGGUCUGGGACGUCAGAGCGGGCUAAGGUUGGGUUCGGUCAUCAGCCAGAGUGCCAUUUGCGAGCUGUUCCUUGAUGGCAAUUACUUAGAACGUUCCAGAGCACUGGUUUUUCUCAGGCCCAUAGCAGGCUUUGCAGAGACACAGGGGAAAGACCAGCUGGCCCCAGGCUCACCAGACGCUGGAGAUCCCCCUCCGCGGCUCCAAGCCAAACAGAGAGGAAGUUCAACUAUGAACCAGAUUACAAAAUUGUCUGAAGCUGUAACAGUGAAAACUACAUCAGGGAGGAAAAAGAGAAAAAAAGGAAUCAAGAAGAAAAUUGAAGGUCUGAUGGAAGCUGGUCCUUGGUUAGUGAAGUUGCAUUUGGCAGAUAAUGGCAUAGAUGGAAAAGGGAAAGAAGGAGAAAAUGGUUUAUUGGAAUUCAUUCAAACUUUAACAUGCCUGAUCAAAUACUCUGCCCACUUAAGGGAAAUUGACCUUGGAAACAAUGUUCUGGGAGAAAUGGCUGCUGCUAACAUACCUGAAGUGCUGAGAGCCAGAAAGACAGCGCCAGCUGUGCCCCUCAGACACCAGGGUGAAGGUGAAGGCCAGAAUAAACAGAUGUGUCCACAGUGGGCCCUGGUCACUAGGGCUGCUUUUAACUCUGGCACAGUGGAUGUUGUCACCAUCAAUGACCCCUUCAUUGACCACAACUACAUGGCCUACAUGUUCUAG